UGGGUCUUCUUGUAAAUGCUGUUCAUUUUAGAUAAGAGCAAUGGCAGUUCCGGUGACCUAGAACAUCGAUUAAUAACUCUCGGAACAGCCGUUGAUAAGGUAAGAGUUCACCGUUAGCAGUGGCAGUUCCGGUGACCUAGAGCAUCGAUUAAGAGCAAGCUCCAAUGGAUUUGUUCGAUCAUCUCAAUCCGGUGGCCGUCUGGUUGGUGGACGUGCACGAACAGGACGGCUCUAUUCGUUCAAAAGGUCGGUUGAUUCUUCAUAUAUAAUAGCUAUUGUAUUGCUUAAACUUGUCCCUUUUUAAUAUUUCCUUUGCAUCAUACACUGAAAAUCUCAUCGCCAUGACCCAUAUACUGAAACUUCUCAGAUGGGUUUCUCUAAAUUUCUAUGAAAACCAAUUUAGAUCAUCAAAAACAAGCAUUUGGGCAACUGGGUCGCACCACAUUGCGCAAUACCGUAGGUAUUUCGGAACUAAUUUUACCUCUCAGCAAGAAGCCCAAGCUGCUUUAUUGGAAUACCUGCAUUCCACUAGAAGCUUGCAGUAUAUGGAUGCUGAUGAUAUGAGCAGAAACUCACCACUUUUCCUUGAAAAGCUGUUAAAGAAGUUCAAGAAUGAAGUAGAUGUUGGGUGGUCCAUAACACGGUUGUUGCGGUACCACCCCAUUAACGAGUUUGAACCCUUUUUUGAGAGCAUUGGUUUAAAACCUUCCGAGUAUUCUACACUUCUGCCUCGUAACUUAAUGUUUCUGAAUGAUGAUGAAACUUUGCUAAAAAACUUUCAUGUUUUGUGUGAUUAUGGUAUUGCACGAAAUAAGAUCGGAAGGAUCUACAAGGAAGCAACGGAAGUUUUCAGAUAUGAUGAUGGUGUUUUGCAGUCAAAGCUUCAAGCUUUUGAAGAAAUGGGGUUGAACCAGUCUACUGUAAUCAAGAUUGUUUCUUCAAGUCCUUAUCUUUUGAUUGGGGAUACAAAUAGGGAGCUUCCUAAGAUAUUAGAAAAAUUCAAGUCUGUUGGGAUCGAAUAUGGUUGUAUUGAGGGGCAUUUAUUAGAGGGGAAUUCUUAUAAUUGGAGCCAUAUGUUUGAGCUUUUAUGCUUAUUGAGCAAUAUGGGUUGCAGUGAGGAGCAAUUAAAAGGUAUAAUCUGUCAGCAUCCGGGACUUCUAUUCCAAAAUUCUGGAAAUAUGUCCUUUACACUAAUCGGGUUCUUAAUGAAAUUUGGUGCCACGAGGAAUGAGAUAUGUUCUAUGUUUCUGCAGUUCCCACAAGUCCAGGUUGAGCACUUCGUUUGCAAUUUGAGGCAUUGCUAUCACUUUUUUAUCGAAAUUAAGAUGCAAGUGGAAGAGAUUGAGACGAUUGUUCGUUCACACCCCGUAUUGCUGGGUUCAUGUCAUCUAAAGAAACUCAACAGCUUAAUUGUUGGCUUGAGUACUGGGAAGACGCGACUCUGUCAAAUCAUCAAAAAGAACCCACAAGAGCUGAAGAAUUGGGUUCUUGGAUCAAGGCUGAAACCGUUACCAAACUCGGGGGCGAAACUAAGGUCAAAGACGAUGAAGAUUAAGUUCUUGUUGGACUUGGGAAUCGCUGAAGACUCAAACGAAAUGAGAAAAGCUCUCAAAGUGUUCCGAGGCAAUGGAGAAGAACUUCAGGAGAGAUUUGAUUGUUUUGUGAAUGCUGGUUUGAAUAAGAAGGAUGUUAAAGUUAUGAUCAAAUUAGCUCCUCAAGUUCUUAACCAAAAAAAGGAGGUGAUUAAUAUGAAGAUUGAUUUUCUUGUAAAUGAACUGGGGUAUCCCUCGUCAUCUUUAGUGGCAUUUCCAGCAUAUCUUAACUACACAAUUCAGAGGGUCAAGCUUAGGUUCUCAAUGUAUAAUUGGCUCAAAGAUCAAGGGACUGUAGAACGCAAUUUGGCUUUGAGCACUAUUGUCGCAUGCACAGAUAAAAUAUUCAUGAAUCAGUAUGUAAUUAAUCACCCCAGAGGCGCUGAAGUUUGGCAGAAGCUGAAGAGACAGAUUUCUUCUGAUUGAAAAUCAUGACGAACUUUUCACUUGUACUUCUACCAACUCUCCCAUGCAAAUUGUCUCAAGGUUGACACAGGGAUACUUAUUCUGUAACUCUUAUGACUCAUCCAUUAUCCAGCAUAUUCAGAAAUAUAUUGCAGACUGAGGCCAUUUUUUUUAAGAUCAGUUUAACCAGCACGAAGCAAGAAAGAUCUGAGACCAGGGAUAAGGUCAGUUUACUGGUACCACUGGUGGAAACAUGUCAAAAUAUUCCAGAUGAAUUAGCCAGAAGAAUUUUAAGGUUGGAUCUGCAUUAUGCAAUGCAUGCGCUGUCUACGCGGCCUGCCGGAAGAGGAGAUUGUCUACGGAUCUAACCUUUUGUAUCAUUUUAUACAAAAUGAUUGCUGUCAUGCUUGAACAGUCAACCUCAUGCUCAUCAGUCCGGGCCUUUACCAUCAAUGGGCCCUAGUUAAUUUUAGUGGUUGGAUGAUUAAUAUUAUUCUGAUUGAGGGGACAUGGGACUUGCUCUUAUUUCGGUUUAUAGGGGUGAGGAUUAGUGAUUGCUGAGUUAUGGUUUAUAUCACAUUGUUCUCUAGCACUUUUAUUUCUAGGAGAUGCUUCAUUGGAGGUCAUUUUUUCUUAACGAAUUCAAGAAGCUAGUCAUGAGUAUAUGGAAUGCAAAGUAAUAAUCUAUGGCCUUCCUUGCAUGUUUCAUCUUUGCUUUGUAAAAUAAAAAUUCGUGAAAAUGAUAAGGUGAGAUAAAAUUUAUGCAUUGUUGCCCUUUAACUUCUCCAUUUCUUUCUUUCAAAUGUUAAAGAUACUCCCUUUCCCCUUUCUUUUUGCUUUUCUCUCUAUUACUUUUUAGCUUUGGAUGCAAAUGAACCAUGUUGUGCCAAGCUUCUCAUACCCAUUUUCUUCCAUGUUCAAUUCAUUUUCUUUCUGAUAAAGCUAAUUAGUUUCUACUUAUGCCGGUCGGUAUCUGGUUGUUGUGUGUGCCAUUUGGAGAGAGGAAUUUCAGAAUUUUGCAGGAAAAUUUUCUCCUCAGUCCUCCAUCAUUGCAGUCAUCAAGGAUGUGGUUAGUGCAAAUUAACUACUUUGAAGUUCAGAGAUUCAGCUAUUGCUAGAUCCACUGCAUCUUCUUGGUCUCUCCCUAGCUCUUGCAUCGUUCCCGGGGCUGGGCUGGAGUGGGUUAAUGUUUGAUUGUUGGUUGUUGCUCGGUUUGUGGUUAUGUUCUAGACUUCUCAGUCGCUUCUGGCCGGUUUGCCUCUGUAGUAGGUUUUCUUGUGGCUGUAUGUUGGUGGUUGUUGCAGCUUUUUUUUUUUUCUUUUUCCAGUAAGUAUUUCUAGGGUUUUUUGAGAUAGUUGUUAGCAUUGGUAGGUUUUUUGUUGCAGCCGUACUUGUAUGUUAGUUUCUCAAAUGCUCCUGGUUGCCUCAGUUUCAACUGUUUGCUGUGUAUUUUGCAGAUAUGUUUGUUGCAGUGUUCCAUCUUAUUGUUGGUGGUAGUUCUGUGUAGGCUCUGUUAGUAGUGCCUUUAGUUCUCAGGUUGUGUGCCUUUAGGUUGUUGGAGCUUGAAAAAUGGCAGUUCUUUGUAGGCUCUGUCACUGCCUUUAGUUCUCAGGUUGUGUCUUUAUACAUAUUAUGUUCAUUAAUACUAUAUUUUGUCAUGAUAAUUCUUAAAUUAAUUUGAAAUUUAAAAAAAAGGAAAGAAAAUUUUGUUAGCAAGUGAAAUAAAGCCGUUUUAAAAAAUCAGCCACAAGAAUUAUAUGAAAUGGAUUUAUGGUUGACGUUAGUGUGUGUGUGUGUGUAUUUUGACAUGAGUAAUUAGACUUAAUUGUUCCAGUUUGACAAGUAGGCCACUAGACCUGAAUAUCAUUUUCUUUUUUUCUUUUUUCUUUUUUUUUUUUGAAAGGUUAUGUUAAUGCGUAGGUGUUAUUGAGGUUAGAUUGGAGUCAAAUUUAAGCAUGGGGCAAGAAACUCCUAUCACAUUGGUAGUGCAGGAAAAUUUAGCCAUUAAUCAUUUCUAUUUAACCAGAACAAUCUCAGCAAUUAGGGCACAUUUGCAGAUGAAUGAAAGAAGCACCAGCAAAAAAUUCUUUAGUCAACUACAAAAACUUGUUAGGACAGGAAGAUUAUACGUAUAUGGAGUCUCUCUCUUCUGGUUUCAGGUUGAGGGAAUAUUAUUUGUCUGGG